GUAGGGUACACAUUAAAUAAUUCAACCCAACCUGUCUUCUCGGUCACAAACCUUCUCCGUCCGUGCCAAGGCCGUUUUCAUACUGAUCUUCAUUCACCACAAGUGUCAUCAUGUCUACUGAAAAGUGUUUUGCCAAAGGGAGUGCUGCACCCGGUCCAGUCCCCAACGGCUACAUCCGACUUUACAGCAUGAGAUUCUGCCCUUUCGCCCAGAGGACCAGAUUAGUGCUGAGUGCCAAAGGGAUCAAGCAUGACACCAUCAACAUCAACCUGAAAGACAAGCCUGACUGGUACCUUGAGAGGAAUCCCCUUGGUCUUGUCCCAACACUGGAGACACCUGCUGGUGAGGUGAUAUAUGAGUCUCCCAUCACCUGUGACUACCUGGAUGAAGUUUACCCUGAGAAGAAGCUGCUUCCUUCCUCUCCUUUUGGUAAAGCUCAACAGAAGAUGAUGCUGGAGCUAUUUUCCAAGAUAAUACCAUACUUCUACAAGAUCCCAAUGCAGAAAAACAAGGGCCAGGAUGUCUCAGGACUGGAAGCUGAACUGAAAGAGAAGCUUUCCCAAUUAAAUGGGGACCUGGUUAACAAGAAGACCAAGUUUUUUGGUGGCGAUUCCAUCACGAUGAUUGACUACAUGAUGUGGCCGUGGUUUGAGAGACUGGAGGCAUAUGGAGUGAAACCCUGCCUUGACAGCACACCCGAGCUGAAGAAGUGGACAGAGCGCAUGCUGGAUGACCCGGCUGUCAAAGCCACCAUGCACAGCGUGGACAACCACAAAGCCUUCUUCAAGGCUUACGUUGAGGGGAAACCCAACUAUGACUAUGGCCUGUAGAAAAGAAGUGAUCACAGGUUAUUACACAGUUAUUCUGGCUGAUUAGACUCUUCAGGUUGAAGGUGGGCUGGAGCUUUGAUGGGAACUUAUUAGGUCACAAAUCCUUUCUACCAAUAAGGAUGACAAAGGUGUCAUUUGUCCCGCCCUAACAGGUGCAACAACACUAACAGUGAACUCAGGAAGAUGUCAAUCACUUAGUCUAACCCCACCCACACAGUCCUGGAAAAGGUCCAAUCAGCCACAUUAACUAUCAACACCUGUGGAGGGUUCUGGGGUCUCACUUAUAAAUGUGGCGCACGCAGAAAACGGGGCUGAAAAUGUGCGUACGCCACUUCCCACGCAAAGAAAGAAAAUGAUACAAUUAAUACAUUUUUUUUUAUUGAACAAUUAAGAUUUAUUUUGUUAUUGAAGAAACAAAAAUAUGGACCAUAAUAGGAAUGAGGUACAGUGAGGUAAAUAUGACUGAAAGUGUUUAAUGAUGUGGCACUUUUUCCUAAUAAAAAUUGUACAUGUAAUGACUCUG